GGCAACCAUAUGUUUUCAAUAAAAUUAAGUUAAAUUUCCUUACUAGAUAUAAACUUUUAAAAUUAUUUUAAGUUUGAAAGAAAUUGAAAUUAUUACUCAAUCAAGGCAAUGGCGUUGUAUGAAAAACUAUUUUAUUGUAGGUACUUGUGAGAAAUGAAAAAUGAUGAAUGCCCCAUUCUUCGGAAAAUAUGGAGAGGCAAAGAAUUGGAAGCAUGCCUUUUGUGUGGAGGACUUGGAUCCUCAACCUUGCCGCUGGUGAAGUGUCCUCGUCCAGAUUGCAUUGGAAUAUACUGUGUUCCCUGCUACGGUCAACUGCAAAAUAUUUGUACUCUUUGUAAACUACCUAUAGAAUAUGGAGACUUGUCUGACAUGAGUGAAGAAAGGGACUCUUCAGAUGUUGUGAGUUUACCUGGCACUGAAGAUACUUCCUCUACUGCUGAUUCCAAUACAACUGGAGCUGUAUUAGAAGACACUGCCGAAUCUGAGCUCUCAUUUGGUUACCAGUUCAGAAAUAGAGACAUAGAAAAAGAUAAAUCUCUGACCACAUCUGCUUUUAUAGACCUGGAAGCUCAAAAACCUAUUUCAAGGGCAACCAUUAAUGAUUUUGCCUAUCCUAUUGAACACCAUCCAGAAGAAGAUGAACACAAACUGACUUUGUCUCAAAGGAGAAAGUCUGGUCUUUGGUCACUCAUUGUUGAUGCAGAUGAUGAAAAGAAGAAACCCAAGUUUAUAGAUUUGAGCCCAGUAAACAUAGUCCCUCCUGUAGAGGAUACUCAAGAACACCAUGUUGAUAAAGAAGAAGAGAUUGAACAAUCACAUGAUCUACUUGCUUCUCCUCCUCCUCCUCCUCCUGCCCCGCCAAAGUCAAAAGUGCAAAGAACGAUAAAAAAGUUUUUACACUUUCCACGGCUGAAGAGACAUAAAAAGAAAGCAGAAAAGACUGACCAAUCUGAAAAUGAAUCUGACAAGCCUUUUCUCUCUACUCCUAGCAAAACAUCAGAAGGGUCUAAAAAACCUAAAAAGAAAGUUGAAGGAACUAGAAUCCAUUUCCUAAAACAGAAAUUGUUCGGAGAUGUGACAAGAGUGUUCAAGCAAACUAGUGAUAGCACUAAAAGUGAAAAUGAAGAAAUAUCUAUUCAGACGGUUACAUCUAAAGAGUCAAAGAGCACUAAAAUGGUUGAAAAUUGGAUAAAAACGGGUAAUUAUCAUGGAUCUGAAGUUUUCAAAGAAGCUGCAAUACUUCGAUCUGAAACACCUUCACUUCCAUUGAUUGAAACAAAGCAAUCAACUGGUUAUAAGAAUUUAUUCAAACGCCUUUUUGGAAAGAAAGAAGAUGCAGUUAGUGCUACCACAGAAAAACAUUCAGUUGAUACCAAAAGUCAAAAAAAAGAAGUCCCCCAAACCAAAGGCAGUAUUUGGAAGUUCUGGAAAAAGAAGGAGAUUGUUUCUUGUCAAUUGAUCCCUCAAAGAUUGGAUGAAGCAGAAGUUAGCAAACUUUUAAGUGUUGAAACAGAUGUUAGCCAACCCGUUCAACAAAUUGAAAAAACAGAUGGUAGUCGGCCUUUCCAAGAAAUUGAAAGUGCACAUGUAAGUCGACUUGUCCAUCAAAUUGAAGAAACAGAUGUUAGUCAGCCUGUGAAACAAAUUUCUCUUAUCAGCUUUGAAGACGAGCACGAGCCCUUUAUGUCAAUGAAGAGGGUGCAAACACCUGCCAAGAUUGUUCAUGAACGUUUUAAAAUUGAUGAAGAAUGAAAAUUUAUUUAUAAAAAAUCAAUGUUUUAAAUUAACUAUUAAAAUAAUUGUAAUUUGUUUAUAACUAUCUUUUAGCAAUAAAGACUUUAAAUUGUCAUUAC